GUGCGAUUGGUGACCGACGCCCCCCCCUCCUGCCCUGAGGCCGGCUAGUACUGCCGCCGCUGCCCGGCCCGGCAUGGCGGGCGGCGGGGCAGCCAGAACCCGAACCCGGAGGAAGGGCGGCCGGGAUCCCCCUGAUGCUCUGGUAUUAUAAAAGAGACAACCCUAUAUGAAGAUGGGACUGCUGGUGUACAUGCGUAACCUGCUACUAGCCCUCUGUCUCUUUCUGGUGCUGGGCUUUCUGUAUUAUUCAGCUUGGAAACUGCAUCUUCUCCGAUGGGAGGAUUCAAAUUCAGUGGUUCUUUCCUCUGACUCCGUUGGACGUUCAAUAGGCUCAGGAAGGAGAGAGAGAAAAUCCACAUCUCUUGUGCCUCUGUCAUCUCUCCCAUCACAUCUUGCUGCAAACCUGGGAACAGGCAAAGCUAAGAGAGAACCUGUCGCUAUUCCACGCCCAACCAUUCCUAAAUAUGACAAACUGGGAUUUCUCCUGCAGCUGGAUUCCAGACUGCCUCCAGAACUAGCAUCAAAGUAUGCUAACAUCUCAGAGGGGGUUUGCAAGCCUGGAUAUGCAUCUGCACUCAUGACUGCCAUCUUCCCAAAGUUCUCAAAGCCAGCACCAAUGUUUUUGGAUGAUUCCUUCAGAAAGUGGGCACGAAUCCGGGACUUUGUACCGCCUUUUGGAAUUAAAGGGCAAGAUAAUCUGAUCAAAGCCAUCUUGUCAGCAACCAAAGAUUAUCGUCUUACUCCAGCCCUUGACAGUCUCAGUUGCCGGAGAUGUGUUAUUGUGGGAAAUGGUGGCAUUCUAGCAAACAAGUCACUGGGUUUGAAAAUCGAUGACUACGACAUUGUUAUCAGGCUGAACUCUGCUCCAGUGAAAGGCUUUGAAAAGGAUGUUGGUGGCAAGACAACAAUGCGAAUAACAUACCCAGAAGGGGCCAUCCAGAAACCAGAGCAAUAUGAAAAGGAUUCCCUCUUUGUGCUGGCAGGGUUCAAGUGGCAGGAUUUCAAGUGGCUGAAGUACAUUGUUUACAAGGAAAAAGUGAGUGCCUCUGAUGGCUUCUGGAAGUCUGUGGCAACCCAUGUUCCAAGAGAGCCACAUGAAAUCCGUAUCCUGAAUCCAUAUUUCAUCCAAGAGGCAGCUUUCAGCUUUAUUGGCCUUCCUUUCAACAAUGGUCUGAUGGGCAGAGGGAACAUCCCUACUCUGGGAAGUGUAGCAAUAACCAUGGUGCUCCACAAUUGUGAUGAGGUAGCAGUGGCUGGAUUUGGUUAUGACAUGAGCUCUCCAAAUGCACCACUACAUUACUAUGAAAACAUCAAGAUGUCUGCCAUCAAAGAGUCCUGGACGCACAAUAUACAGCGGGAGAAGGAGUUUCUACGAAAGCUGGUGAAAGCUCGAGUAAUCACAGACCUCACCAGUGGAAUAUGAGGAGGCGCAGCCAGUGUGCGGAAUUGCACAGCUACAUGCAUACAGCUGAGGACAAGGGCAGCAAGAGGUCCUUGGCAAGAAUCCCGGCUUUUUAGAGACACACAGUGCCCUUGAAAAGUCUCCCUGGCCUGCUCUGCCUGCCUGCACCAGGGCUCACAGGGGAGCAGCGGCUAUUGGCCUGAGGGGGCAGGUCGCACACUCGGAACUGCAAGAGGAUCUUGUGCUUGAGAUGGAAUAUCACUGGAGAGAACAAACAGAGUGGUAAAACAAAACAAAAUUGUGCCAAAUGGGAACAGGAGCCAGGCCAGAGGCAGCAGUGUUUGAAUGUCCAAUGCAUUAUUUUAUAUGUAUACAUACAUAUAUAUAUAUAAAGAAACUCUUGAGAAUCACACUAAAUAUAUCAAGUGGAGCCUGGCCUGUGCACCAGCCCCAUGGGACACCUGACCUGGUGUUGCACUUAGCCUGCCUCUGUGCCAGCCACAGCCCCUUUGCAGGGCUUGAAUCCGUCCAAGAAUUGUCUGUUGUUGGUGCUGCUAUAAUUUAAAAGUAUUGUGGCCUCACUUUGCCCUAGAUGGAGCAAUUGAGAGGUCUAUUGGAUCUUCAGACUCCCUGCUUCUCAUGCAGCAGCCACUGCUGCCAACAUUCACCAGGCUGCAUUUUUAGCCAUUGUUCACAGAACUCACAUCAAUGUGUUGGGGGAUUUCUACCUGUUUGGUAGGUUAGCCACAGGCCCUGCUGGAAGAAACCCCAAAAUAUUUGUUUUCUGUGGCAACUGCAUCAUGGUUCUGAAGUGUUCUGUACUUUUUUGUUUUUGUUUUUUUGCUUGGGGAGGGAAUAAUUUAUUUUUGGAUCAGGUCAGAAAUUGUCCUAAAAUAUGAAGUUUCACCAGUGUUCAGCAACUAAUGCUGCCAGAAAUUUUACACUCAUUCGGUUGUAUUCUAUUUUAAGUGGUUACUACCUUGAUAGUGUUUAAGCUCCUCUGGAGAUACUGAUAGAAAUUGCCUGGCCUGCAAUUACCCCAUUUUUAGCUUCCAUGUGUCAGGUGUUUAACUCAGUCUGUUACCAAAUCCUUCUGCAUCCUUUUAAAGGGGACAGAGAGGGGUAUUUGUAUUCCUGUGCCCUAAGUGUCAGAUGCAUUAUUUGCACAAGUGUGUUCCAUUUGUUUUGGAAAAGUUAGAAAUAUAUUGUGCAAAGUGACCAAACAGUGGGAAGGGUCAAAUGGCAUCAUUUGUCUGGGGAUCUGUGCACCCAAGAAGCUUUCUCAGGGGCUCUUACCCCUCCUCUUCUAAAAUACAAAUAUAUUUUGCAUUGAAGUGAGGUUCAACAGUACAUUAAAAUCAUUGGCUUGCCUUUCCUUGCACAGAGAGGAUACGAGAAUCUGAACAACUCUUGUUAUGCAGAUAGACAUGAAGAAUGUUUAUUCUGUGUAUGCCAGUGGUGUUACCCUGUAUUCUGCAAUGUGAGUGUGCAUUUCCAUAAUUGUUUUUCAGGGUCAUUUGGAAAGGUAAGAGCAUAGUUACGGAAUUAGUUAAUGAUACAAGAGCUAACUUAAGUCCCCAGGCUAGUUAACCUCUGCCUCCACUGACCCUGUACCUCUGUAGGACUACUUAAGGUAAAAGCAUUUCCUGAAAGUUGGCAUUUUUAACUUUUACUGACCCAAAACGCACAAGCUGACAUACUCUGGGCAGGAGUUGAGUUGAGCCUGGCAGAGCUUCCCAAGUGUGCAGUUUUCCUUGCAUGUGCAUCAAAGUGUGUCAGGCUUGAAUGGCAGCUCCUCAUAGGGGAGGAUGGCUGCUUUGUUUGUUGGCCCUUGUUGGCUGAGAGUAAUGAGCUGGAGUGUGAAGUAUUGAAUUUGUAGCCAGCCCUUCUUGUAUUGGAAUUAGCACAUUUGAAUACAUCUCUAUUAUUUGUUUAUCUGCUCCACUAACCGCCUGAUAGUUUUCAGAAAUGUCAGACCUGGUUUGCUAAGCAUCCAGCAACACAGCUGGGCAAAAAUAUAUAUCCAUCCAAAUUUUGCCUACUUGAAUGCUUUCUUGUGAGAUUCAAAACUGAAUUGGAAUUGCUGCCCAGGCCAGAAGAGUGGAGCAUAAUUGCCCCCAAAUGCUCUGUUUUCCCCAAGUCACACUGGUUCACUUUGAACUGGUACUCAAAUCAUGUUAACUUCCACUUCCGUAGUUUCUAAAGCUGGGUUUGCAGCGUUCCUGGGAGAGCUAUUUCAGCUACAUGAAUCAAUGAGAAAUUUCCAAGAUUAUAGAAGUUUCUGAAAAAUAUGUCAUUCAUUCAUCACUGUACAUAGCCUGGAUGGGAGGUAUGUGUGUGUUCUGAUAGGCCCAAAGAGUGUGAAUGAGUUGUAGAAUUGGGGAGCGGGCCUCCACCAUAUUGACCAGUGCUAAGCCUCCUAUUGGCAAUCAAGCCACACAGAAAGCAAGGCUAUGGCAUUAGUCCCUCAAGAGUGAUGUGCUGAAAAAGUAUUAAGAUGAUAAUGUUGUUAGUUCCUGUGCUCUGUGUUGAGUCCAUUUUAUUAUCCUGCCCUGGAUCAGUUACCUCAGGGUCCUGGCCAGAGAGCUACAUUUGUGGAUUCUCAGAGUGGAAAUGGAGCCACUGCCACUUUUCUGGAUAUAAUGGUAGAGUGAUAAGAGGUGGGUUGAACUCUCUUUCCUGCCAAUCUAUGCUAUUUUAGUGCAUUUGCUGCCCCUAAGUGCAUGCACUUUCUAUCCCAUUAGUCAUGUACCGUUCCUACGACAUGUGCAAAAGAGGAACAUUUGUCAGGAAAGGAUCACUGAUACACAGAGGCUAUGCCCUCAGUCCACCUCCAUUCUGAGCUAGGGUUGCUACCCAGAGGAGAAAAACAGACAUUGCUCAUUGGCAAAUGUUAACUCAACUGCACGUGCAAAAGGGUAAAACUGAGUAUUCCUAAUAUUUUACAAAUCUUAUUUCUCUCAACUUCAUAAUAAUCAUGUAAAAUUUGCAAUUAUUCCAAUUUUAGUAGGGCUGUCACCCAGUUAAGAAGAAAGCUUAUUAUAUGAGUUUCAGUCAAUUAAUCAGAUUUGUAUAUAGUUCAGAAGCAAAAAAUAAAAUAAAAUCAUGCUUCCGUUGCUCAGUGCACAUGUAUGUCAUUGCCGAAAUCAUCUUAGAAGAGGCAUUCCCUCUUGUUUGAUGGGAAAGGAUGAUGCCUCUGUUAAGAUUAUGCUUGGCAUCACUAUUUCUUCCAAGUAUUUGUAUUAAAUGUAAUACUUUU